AUGCGGACACCGGUGACAAUCUGGGAAGGCGCUAGACUUGCGAAUGAGUCAACUAUAUUGGUGGCGUCGGUGGUGAAUGCUGGUUGGAUCUUGCGAUUCGAGGGUUCGUGGGAAGUAAGAGGUUGGUAUAAUAAGCUGGCCUUGUGGCCUUCCGCUGUUUUAAGUCAUCAUCAGGCAAACAGAUACGCGUCGCACUAUAUCGACAUCGUCCUUGAAUAUACUUCCCAUAUUGCUGUUGCAAUCUACUAUACAAGCAGACUCGAACCUUCUCAUCUCAAGAUCCAAAACGAUACGACCACAUUCAACCCAACCCGCGAUACAACGCAUCACAUCCAACAUGUCCUCAUCAAAUCAAGCCAACAUGAGCCCACCCUCAGAAAAGGACGCCAUGUCGACAAAAUCCACUUCAACAAUGGCCUCUACAAAAGCGCUUCUUCGAUCUGUGUUCCCAUCAAAGCAGUCUAG